AUGUUAUCUGUCAUCCUUCAACAUCUCGACCGCUAUCUAGCCGACGCCAACUCACACCCCACUCUUGAAGCUGCCUUGACAGCAGCUGUCAAACGCACUGUCAAUGAGCCUGAAUUGAGAUCCGAGAUUGGUCACUCCAAUGUCUUUUGGCGAUUGACUUGCUUGGCUCUCACAGCACUUUAUUUCGAUCGCAACGCAGAAGAAUCCCUUAUCGCGUUACUCAAACUAGCACGUAACGUGACAGCUGGCGACCAGAUGAGCCAACAGCUGGCCAUCAUUCAAGGUGCUUUGGUGGAAACGGAAAACAUUAUCCGAUAUCGUGAUAGGAAUAGUCCUGUGCUUAGCAUGACUGUGGUCCAAGUGGGUGUACAAGCCAUCUGCAAUUUCAUCACAGGCAACCCGAUUGCCCUUGAAUCGAUAUGGGAAGAUUGGAUGCAACAACAAGAUCGUGGUACCAUCUUUAGCGACUUGUUGACCGUCAAUGAUGAUACCGUUGUCAUGAGUACCAUGGUGUUGAUAUUAAAUUGCAUUAGCAAUUCCCCCGAGAGAUGCAAGAUCAUGAUCAAAUCAAUCCCCGGUCAAAAGAUGGUGGCAGCUAUUCUGGAUGAUUUGGAGCGUUUGCAUAAUGAUGAAAAGAGCAAGAAUUUCGAACUCGGGUAUACCAUCCUAAGCCAGCUUAUUGACGAGGGUCACUUUACAGCAUUGUACGACUGUGUGAAGGGUUCCAACGGACAAAUGAAUAGCCGUCAAACACGACUCUUGAAGGUGCUCGAUUCCAAGGUUCAUCGUUCGGAGCAACAACAACAGCAACAUGCAUUGCCUUCCUUUAUUCAUGAUACGGAUCUUGAAUGUGUGGCAAGCCUCGUCAAUGAUUUCUCCAAAGAAGCAGUGCAAGCAUUUGAGCAGGCCAAGAGCGGGGAUGGCAAGGUGGAAAUGGAUAACGUGUCGGAAUUGUAUACUGGAUUGGUGCUUGUAUUGCAAUUGUCGGUGUCGCUAUUAACAAUGCAAGACCAGGGACGGUUCCGAGAAUUGCUUGUAGAAAAGGAUACAAUGGGCAACAUGACAAAUCUACUUAGAUGCUGUGAGACGAUGAGCCAGCCUGGGUUCAACUAUUUGAAACGCGACAGUGUACGGCUUAUGGGGACGCUGUGCUACCAUGACCGGAGGAUGCAGGACAAGAUUCGAGAAACGGGUGGUAUACCACUUGUACUUGCACAGUGCAAGAUUGAUGACGCGAAUCCAUAUCUUCGUGAACAUGCGGUGCUUGCCAUCCGUCAUAUGUUACAAGGCAAUGAUGAGAACCAGACCCUGAUUGCAGAAAUGGAACCUCUCCAAGCUGUGCAAACGGAUGAUCUUUCGGAUAUGGGACUCACUGCUCGUUUGGAGAAUGGCAAAGUCAAGCUAUCCAAGAAGAAAACCUCAGAUGAUUAG